CGUUCUCCCUCCUACUCACUCAGCCGCCAGCCCUGCCAUAGCCUAGAACAUGAGUAGGAGUGAGUGAGGCGAUAGUUUAAUGCUGACUGUUGUUUGGAGAGCACAUCACAUCACGAAUAGAGCAGUUGUGCUAGGGGGAGCUCAGUCGUAAUCAUUACUCCGCUCGCAUUGGCUUGCAGAAAGGCGCACAUUGUGCAAGGUAAACAACGCCACAGAGCCGACCCCACUGCCUGACCAUUCGAUCUCCCCGGUCAGAAGUGCAGUGGUGCUGGGAUCGCGGAUUCUUCUGGGAAUGCACCAAGGGGAUACGGUUUUUGUUGGAACAUGUUACUAGUAGGACACUGGGUAGUAAUUGUCUCUGCACUCCUGAUUGGCACUGAAGUCUCCUUGGGAUAUGUAUUUCAAGCUGGACAAGAUGUAGACGGGUCAUCGAAAGGUUUCGAGGCUCCAUUUGUGAGCUCCAACGGGUCGUGUAAGGGUCGCUGCUUUGAGCUGAACGAGGAGGCGCCUGACUGCCGCUGCGACAACCUCUGCAAGACGUAUUACAAGUGCUGCAGGGACUUUGACGAGCAAUGCCUCAAGACAGCUGGAGGCUUCGAGUGUUCGCCGGAUCGCUGUGGCGAGGUGAGGAACCCGGACCAUGCGUGCCACUGCUCGGAAGACUGUCUGGAGAGAGGAGACUGCUGCACCAACUACAAGGCCACAUGCAAAGGUGAGACCACGUGGUUGGAGGGAGACUGUGAGGAGAUCCAGACUCCUGAGUGCCCUGCAGGGUUCAUCCGGCCGCCCCUCAUCAUCAUGUCUCUGGACGGCUUCCGGGCAUCAUACUUGAAGAAAGGCAAAGCUGUCAUUCCAAACAUCGAGAAACUAAGAACAUGUGGUACGCAUUCCCCCCACAUGAGGCCGAUGUACCCAGCCAAGACCUUUCCCAACCUCUACAGCCUGGCCACAGGUCUCUAUCCGGAGUCCCAUGGCAUAGUCUGCAACACCAUGCAUGACCCGGUGUUUGACGCCAACUUUAACCUGAAGGGCAGGGAGAAGCUCAACCAUCGCUGGUGGGGGGGGCAGCCGAUCUGGAUCACCUCAGUCAAGCAAGGAGUGAAAGCUGGAACCUUCUUUUGGCCAUGGGUGAUCCCACUAGAGCGCCGCAUCCAGACUAUACUGCAAUGGCUCCACCUGCCUGAGGAGGAGAGGCCCUAUGUUUACGCUGUCCACUCAGAGCAGCCAGACACGUUUGGGCAUCGCCUUGGUCCACUCAGCAAUGAGCUGGACAAUCCACUGAGGGAGAUUGACAACAUCAUCGGGCAACUCAUGAACGGACUCAAACAGAUGAAUCUCCAUCGCUGCGUCAAUUUCAUGUUAGUUGGUGAUCACGGGAUGGAGGAGGCCCACUGUGACAGGACGGAGUACCUGAGCACCUUCCCCAUCAACCCAGACGACUACCACAUCAUCACCCGCUCCACUGGACGCCUACGACCCAAGAACCUCACAGCGCCAUAUGAUCCCAAAGACGUUGUUGCAAACCUCACGUGUAAGAUGCCAAACCAGCACUUUAAGCCCUACUUGAAAAAGGACCUCCCCAAGCGUCUGCACUACGCCAACAACCGCAGGAUCGAGGACGUCCACCUGCUAGUGGAGAAAAAGUGGCACAUUGGCAGCAAGCCCCCAGAGGUGAAUCCAAUGUAUGUCCAGAGGUCAUGUGGCUUCUUUGGGGAUCACGGCUAUGACAACAAGAUUAAUAGUAUGCAGACUAUCUUCAUGGGCUAUGGGCCUAGUUUUAAGUUCAAGACAAAGGUGCCGGUGUUUGAAAACAUUGAACUUUACAAUGUCAUGUGUGACCUUCUUGGGUUGACUCCGGCACCCAACAACGGCACUCAUGGCAGUCUGAAUGCGGUGUUGCGCAACCCCCCGUACACUCCUGCCCAGCCAGAGGAGGUGGCGGCCCCGACCCCCCUGGACCCGGCCGCAGCCACCGUCUAUGACCUGGGCUGCAGCUGCGAUGAUGAGAACAAAGUGGAAGAGAAUAAACAGAGAUCUACAGUUGAUGACACCAUACACCUCCCGUAUGGUCGCCCAGCUGCCCUCUUCCAGGCCACCUACUUCCUGCUUCGCCAUGGCGACUUCAUCAGUGGCUACAGUGAGGAGCUGGCCAUGCCGCUCUGGACCUCCUUCACUAUUCCUGCACAGACAGAUGGCACUCCUCUUCCGCUGCCGGUGAGUGACUGCGUGAGGGCGGACGUGCGGAUCCCCCAGGCCAACAGCCAGGCCUGCUCCUCCUACACCCAGAACGCAGAGCUCUCCUACGGCUUCCUCUACCCACCAGAGCUUGCCGUUACACCUGAAGCCAAGUAUGACGCAUCUCUGAUUACAAACACUGUUCCAAUGUACACCGCCUUCAAGAGAAUAUGGAGCUACUUCCAAGAUUCAUUGCUAAAACGCUACGCAGAGGAACUGAAUGGCAUUAAUGUCAUUGCUGGACCUAUUUUUGAUCAUAACUACGAUGGUCUCAGAGACACAGUGGAGAAAAUCAAAGAACAUGCAGGGGACUCGGCGCCGGUGCCCUCUCACUACUAUGCGGUCAUCACCAGCUGUUCGGAGGCCAAUCAGACUGCAGAGGCCUGUGAGGCCCCUCUCACGGUGCUGUCCUUCAUUCUGCCCCAUCGCCCCGACAACGACGAGAGCUGCAACAGCGGAGAGGAGGAGUCUCGCUGGGUCGAGGAGGUUUUGAAGCUUCACACGGCGCGCAUCCGCGACGUGGAGAUCCUGACGGGCCUGGACCUCUACCGCGACACGCCCUCGCAGGAGUACACGGACAUCCUCAGCCUCAAGACCCACCUGCACACCUUCGAGCCCGACAUCUGAGGAGGAGGAGGAGAUCUGGGGCGUCAUGUCACAGUAGAAAUAGAUAAAAGAAGCACACACAAACAAAAGAAAGACAGACAAGAAAGUUUAAACGAAAAACCUGCCGUGUUCUCUCUCUCUUUCUCUCUCUCUCUCUCCUCACCCUCCUCUUUGGCACCUUGACCUCCUACUUUCUCAUUCUCUUGCUCUCUUUCUCUAUAUCUCAGUCUUUAUCACUCUCUCUCUCUCUCUUGCCCUCUUCACUUGUUCCUUUCUCUCUCUAUCUCUCUCUCUCUCUCUCUCUCUCUCUCUCUCUCUCUCUCUCUCUCUCUCUCUCUCUCUCUCUCUCUUCUCUUCUCUCCUCUCUAUCACACCUCUCUCCUAUCUCUUCUUUCUCACACCUCACCUCUCCUGUCCUGAUACAUCUCUGAUGCUUGGGUGUAUAUUUUUAUACAAUUUGUCAUAUUUAUUAUUCAUUGAAAAGAGAAAAUAACAAUACUGUGCCACUCUCUAACAUUAGCCCCCAUAGCUUUUCCUGUAUAUGUCUCUGAGGUAACAUUCAUCUCACAAUUUGUUCUGUCCUGUAUUUUGUGUGCGUGUGUUAGUGUGUUAGUGUGUGUGUGUGUGUGUGUGUGUGUGUGUGUGUGUGUGUGUGUGUGUGUGUGUGUGUGUGUGUGUGUGUGUGUGUGUGUGUGUGUGUGUGUGUGUGUGUAAAAAGAGAGACUGUGAGAGAGAGUAGCAAUUAGGAUUGUGUGUGAGAGAGGGAAAGUAAGUGUGUGUGUGUGUGUGUGUGUGUGUGUGUGUGUGUGUGUGUGUGUGUGUGUGUGUGUGUGUGUGUGUGUGUGUGUGUGUGUGUGUGUGUGUGUGUGUGUGUGUGUGUGUGUGUGAGAGAGAGAGAGAGAGCACUUGUGUGUCUCGACGUUUGAUCUAAGUGUGUUGAGAAUUGAGAUAGUAUUAUAGGACUGGUUGCAGUACGUUGCAGCAGUGUCGGCCUGUGGGUAGCUGAUUGGAGCUGUAUGUAUAUCUCCCAUUGGCCAUACCACAACGUUUACACUCUGACUGACCACUAGGUGACUGUGUAAGAACUUGAACUCUUCACGGAAGUCGACACCUCCCAUGAUGCAUUGGGAUGUGAAAAAACAAUGGACUCUAGGAAUGCCGUCAUGGCGAUAUGUGAGGAUCUUGUGUUAAAAAAACAAAACAAAAACAAAAACUCUUAACCCUUUCCGAUGUGAAAUCUUACCGCAAUAAUAAA